AUGUCGCGGAUACGCUUCAAGGGCGGGGCGUGGACGAACAGCGAGGAUGAGGUGCUGCGGGCCUCACUCACGGUGUACGGGCUGCAGAACUGGGAGCGGGUGGCGUCGAUGCUGGUGCGCAAGACCGCCGCGCAGUGCCGCGACCGCUGGGAGAGCUACCUCGACCCCCGCCUGCACAUCCGCGAGGCGUGGACCGCGGAGGAGGAGGAGCACCUCGUGCAGCUGCAGUCGCUCUUCCCGGGCCAGUGGAACCUCAUCGCCCGCGAGCUGCGCCGGCGCGGUGGCAUGAACCGCCCAGCGUGGCUCUGUGAAGAGCACUACCACGCCCUCCUCGACGCCCUCGAGUACGAGCGGCAGCAGCGGGAGGGCGGCGGUCGCAGACGGAAUGAGUCGCUGACGCUGGAGGACUUCUUGGCGGAGCGCAAGCGGCAACGCGCCUACCACCAGGGCCAUGAGACGCGAGCGGCCCGCUCCGACGCCGUCAACUCGGACGUCUUUGAGAAGGAGAUGGUGGAGUUCGCCGUGAGCCGCCUGGCAAACCAGGACGGCAAGAAGGGGCUGCGCAAGGAGCGCAAGAAGCAGCUGCAGCACACCAGUUUCCUCGCCAAGCUGCAGAGCAAUCGCGAGGCCAUUGAGUCCGGCACACUCACGGCGAAGGCGAAGAAGCGCAUGGAGCGCGCUAUGCUGGAGGACCGCGCGGGGCCCAGCGACACGCGGCUGCAGGAUGACACGCUUGAGGACGACGCUGACGGCGGCAGCGGCGAUGAGGCGCAGCUCGGCCAAGAGAGCGCGUUCCGCCCUAUUGACCUCGGCGCAGACAAGCAAGAGGCCGGAAUUCAGGCGAAGCAGCGUGUUCUGGUGAAGAACCUCGCGGCAGAUAAGGCGCAUCUCCAGCAAGGGGUCGCGGUGUCUGAAGGCCUCAACGUGGACUUGCUGCGCCUGGCGAGCGGCGUCUCCGGCAGCCCGGCGGGUCAUCGACUGGAGGACAGGAAGGGCACGCCGCCGAGUGCCAGCGAGGGCAGCGCUGCGCCGGGUGGGCCUGUUACCACAGCUGCGCUUGACCACCUCUUCGCGUCGCUGCCGGAUGCGGUGGCGCCCAAGCAACCGCCUGCUGUGGCGGCGGCUGCGGCGGCAGAUGACUUGUUCGGCGCACUGCCGGCACCUGUGCUUGGCAGCAGUGUGUCAAAGGACGAGGUCGCUACGGCGGCGGCGGCGGCGGCUCCCGCUGAAGAAGCAGAGGAAGAGGAGGAGGAGGAGCCGGAGGUUUCCUACGCCGUGUCUUCGGGUAAGCGCUCGGCUGAACCCGCGAAGGCGCUGGUUUUCUCCUCGGAGGAGGGGCAAAUGUGGCUCCGAAGGGCGAAGCGGCUGGUGUCUGUAGAGGCCGAACGCGCCUUUAUCAACUGCAAGCGCGUCCGCCGCGACACUUCCUCGCCUGCGGACGGGGAGGAGGCGGAAGCGGAAGCGGAAGCGGAGGCGGAGGCGGAGGCGAAGGCGGGCGACGACGACGAGGAACGCACGCGCUGUAUCGUGCGGGCGCUUGUGGUUCAGCAGAUGCCCGCCACCGCGCGGGACCUCCUCGACGCGUCGGGGGCAAUAGACGUGCCGCCGGCGCAGCAGGUGCCGCCUGGCAGUGGCGACGGCCGCGGCAGCACCGACGCGGAGCGAAACGCAGAGGCGGCGGAUCUCGGCGCCAGGCUGGCGGCGUGUGUCGCGGCGGUGCAGCAGGCGGAGGGUGCGGAGCUUUGGAAGGAAGUUGGCGCCACGGAGGCGACGGUGCAGCUGGACAAACUUGUGCACCACCAACGCGAGCAGGUGGCGGCGGCAGCCGCGAAGGAUGCAGCGGAGUACCAGCGCCUGGAGCGCAUCGUGCGCAUUUGCUUUGCUGGCGACAGACGAGACCUGCGCGGGGGUGACGUGAUGCAUCGCGCCUGUGCUUACUGGGGCGCGAAGCUGGAGGACGCGCAACGGGCGUUGACCUUCUACAGCAACCUCCGCGCGGUCGAGCGGCAGGAAAUCCAGCGGCGACUGCAGGAAGCCACGAGUCGGUUGGCCGACAUUGAGCAGAGGGAGCGAACGCUGCAGGAACGGUACCGCUCCAUGCGGCUUUCACAGUAA